AUGAGUGAUUACCCGACUGCUGAUGAAGAAUUUGAGUUAAUGUAUGGAGAUGAACUCGAACUAUUGCAGGAUCACCAAGAUGAAGAAGAUUGUGAACCCUCAAUAAAAACUCCUAAACCAUCUACGUCAGCUACGCAAAUAAGUAGUAAAAGUAAGAGUGUUUUAGAACCUUCUCAAUUUUCCCAAACUUUAAAUAAUUCUCCUUCACUUUUCUCCACACAUAAUGAGCAGCAGGAGUCUCAAAAUCAAAAUUUAUCCAGGGGACCAUCUACUUCUAAUGCUUUUACUGAAGAAUUUACACAGCCUGGUGUCCUAGAAAAUUUAACACAAGAUCCAUUAUCUAGAAAAAGAAAUGUUGAUGAAUUAUUUGGCGAUAUUGAUGACCUAGACUUUGAAAACUUCGAGGAACAGCCAAGCAAGAAAACAAAACCUAGUAAAGAAGAGGAAUUACGUGAAUUAAUGGAAUACAUAAUACUCUUAAGAAAAAUAAACAAAGAAAAAAGCAAUAUUCUUUCAGUGAACAAAAGUGUUUCAACAAGUAGUGCAUCUAGGGAUAAAUACAACCUCUCUUUUAGAGUCCCAAAAUAUCCUUUUGUUGGUCUUAAGAGACAUGAUGGUGAAAAGAUUUACAUAAGAUUUCAUUCUGAAGAAUACGAAAAAGAAGAAAUUCAAAAAAUUGUUAAAGAAUCAUCGGGAAGUGAUAUUCUAGGUGAUAGCAAAAAGAGGGUAUGGGAAGAAGCUAAAGCUUUAUUACAGAAACAAGAAACAGAUAAAACAACGCAACAAGAUAAUGACGAAAUCAUUGUAUUAGAAAAAACAGAAGGAGAAAAACAAUUAUGGACCGACCUCUACAGACCUAAAAAAUAUAUAGAAUUGUUGAGUGAUGAAAGUACCAACAGGCUUAUGUUGAAGUGGUUAAAACUCUGGGACAAAGCCGUUUUUAAUAGAAGACUCAGGGUUAAACCAAUAAAGCAUACAGACAAUAAUAAAUUUAAAUUCAAAAAAUUUGAGCUAAGUGCUGAUUUAGAUGAACAUGGCAGACCAAGGUAUAAAGUUGCCUUGUUGUGUGGACCUCCAGGUUUAGGUAAAACUACUUUGGCUCACGUUGCUGCCAAACAUGCCGGUUACAAUGUUGUAGAGAUAAACGCAUCAGAUGACAGAAGUACAGAGGCUUUUAAAACGUCUUUAGAAAGCGCAACUCAAAUGAAAUCAGUGGUAGACCAACAAGGUCGACCAAACUGUCUUAUUUUCGAUGAAAUAGAUGGAGCUCCACAGUCAUCUAUAGACUAUUUAAUAAAAUUUAUAAACGGAACAGCCACCACCAAACCUAAAAAGGGGAAAAAUCAUAAAGAUUUCAUUUUGAAACGGCCUAUAGUUUGUAUUUGUAAUGAUGUAUAUGUGCCGGCCUUACGACCUUUAAGACAAAUUGCUCUUGUAAUACACUUUCCUCAAACGGCCAGCUCUAGAUUAGCCGAAAGGUUAAUGUGUAUAUCUCGAAGAGAGUCUAUAAAAACCGAUCUAGGAGCAAUGAUGGCUCUGGCAGAGAAAAGCAAUAAUGAUAUUAGGUCUUGUUUGUCAGUACUGCAUUUUUUUAAGGCUCAGAAAAAGGCUGUAACUUUAUCCGAUGUUCAUAAGAUUAAUAUUGGCCAAAAAGAUAUGCAAAAAGGUUUAUUUACUGUUUGGCAGGAAAUCUUUCAAAUACAUCGACCAAAACAGAAUCCCAUAUUUCAAGAAAAAGAUGCUUCAUACAAGCAAACCAAUAAAAUCAGGAUGACAAGUGUUUUACAAACAGUAUCCUCGUUUGGAGAUUAUGAACGAGUCGCACAAGGAGUUUACGAAAAUUUUCCCUUAUUAAAAUUAAAAGAUACGACGCUGGAGGGUUUAACUAGAGCCAUGGAUUGGUUCGUAUUUAACGAUAUUGUUAAUAAACAAAUUUAUGCUUCACAGCAUUAUACUUUACUUUCGUAUCUGCCCUACUCUUUUGUCGUUUGGCAUUUUUUGUUUGCUACCUCGCAGAGACAGGAGUUACGUUUUCCGACUAUGGGUUAUGAGAUGAAACAGAAACAAAUUCGUCGCACCGCAAUAGUAUCAGAAGUCCUGAAAGCCAUGCAACCGUCUAUAAGAGCAUAUUGUCAUCGAAUUUCUCUUAUUUUGGACAUUCUUCCUCUUAUACUUAGAAUAAUCAUUCCCAACUUCAGACCAGUGAGUCUUCAUCUCUAUACGAAAGAAGAAAAGGAUAUAAUGCUGAGAGUCGUCAAUAUUAUGAUUGAUUAUAAUUUGAAUUAUAUCCAAGAGAGGUUGCCCGAUGGAAAUUAUGUUUUUAAUUUAGAACCAAAUAUCGAAGAACUGAUUACUAAGACAAAAUCUGGACCGUUCCAAAGAAAAACUCUUUCUUAUUCAAACAAGCAACUGCUUGCAAGAGAGAUAGAGUUGGAGAAAAUGCGAAGGCUUGAAGCACCAAAAACUGAUGCAAAGAUACAGGAUAAUAAUAAAAAAAAUGAAAAUCCACUGCCCAACCAUAUGCAAAGGCUGAAAGCGAAGACUGUGAAAUCGAUCAAGCCG